AUAAACGCAAAUAAGCUCAAUAAGUUUCAACUCACGGUCUCCCAUGACGACGUGUAUUUUCUCAGACACGGCACACAUCACGAUGUUUUAUUCCCAACUCUUCGUCUCUAAACGAGGCACACUAGCCAAGAUCUGGCUUGCAGCCCACUGGGAGAAGAAAUUAACCAAAGCACAUGUGUUUGAAUGUGACCUGGAGGCCACCAUCAAGGAAAUCCUAUCCCCCCAGAUAAAAAUUGGUCUGCGAACGUCAGGCCACCUUCUUUUAGGAGUCGUCCGGAUAUACUCGAAGAAGACCAGAUACCUUCUCUCAGACUGCAGUGAUGCGUUGGUCAAAAUUAAAGUGGCUUUCCGGCCAGGACAGACAGACCUGCCCAAUGACGCGAUGGAGGCCACCUUAAAAACUAUCACUCUACCGGAAGACUUCACUGACUUUGAAAUUCAGCUACCUGAUCUCAAGACCAUUGAUGUGGUAGACCACUUCUCUUUGAAUCAAUGCCGCACCGAAGAUAUUACUCUCAAGGAGAACUUUGGGAACCACUUUCUCAACAUCGAGGGAAUAGGGGAGGAAAUCCAGUCUUAUCAAGGAUUGUUUGAUCAGAGUUUCAGUGUCCAUGGCGACUGCUUUGGUGAUGAGGAAAUGGCUGUUGACCUCAUCGAUUUUAUAGCGAGUAAUACUGAGGAUACUCUGAUGCCUGAUUUGUGUGAUGACACUCCUGAAUUACCAGCUACACCUCCUCCAACUGCUGUCAGUGCAGAGCCGGAGUCUGUGAAACCAGGACUUUCCUGUUUAAAGGGUAGGAGCAGUCCAGCCUUGACUGAGACCACUUUCUUGGUAAAUGCAGAGGAAGGUUUCGCUCUUGCACCUGUUGCUGUCACACCAUCUCCAACAAGGAAAAAAAUGACGAGAAAGAGGAAGCUGGUCAUUGACCGGUCAAAGGAACUAACUGACGAUGCCAUCAGAGUUCAACUGGCUGACUGCUCUGACCUCUUAACCCCGUUGGAGAUAGCCCCGCCCACUCGGCAGCUCAUGGAGUGGAGGGCGAAUGGAGGGGUGAAGCAGCUCUUCUCGAGUUUUUGCCUUCCAAUCUUACACCCUGACUUAAAGCAGCUGUUCCCUUGUGACACAUCACCUAGGAGACAGGGCUUGAAGGGAGGAGCGAGACAGCAGGCUGACCCCGAGGAGAUGAGAGAGCAAACUAGAGAGGCCGUCUGGGAGAACACUGCUGAGCCGGUCCUGCAAGACUGGAGUUUGCUGCAAGAGUCUGUUGGACAAGAUCAAGCAGAUAAUGCAAACACUACUGUAGACACUUCUGUCAUUCAUCCAGGACCUCAUCCUUCUUGGAACACCACCAGUGAGGAGAGUAGGUUGGAGGUGUCGUAUCCAGAGCCUGUCUCUGAGAUCUCCAUGUUUGGUCAUUCAUCUGUAGAGACGAGGGAAACCCCACUGGUGACACAGACACAGUCAGCUCUGAACAGCCAGGAUGUGGAGGAUAAGAGACUAACCAGUCGGGCACAUGACCUCCUCCAGGCCCUCAAAAGACAAGACUCUUCUCCCAAUGCCGCGUACAGUCUUCACGCUUUAUGUGAGAGCAGCAGUCGUUCAUACGUGGCAGCCAUGUUUUUCUGCUUGCUGGUGUUAAAGAAACAACAACUUCUCGACCUGCACCAGAGCGCCCCAUACAGUGACAUCAUCGCCACACCUGGGCCUCUCUUUCACUCCCCCUAGAACAGGUAGCCAUGAAGCAAUGGAGGGAAAAACAUUUGAGGCUUUGACUCGUUAAAGGGCUUUGUUGUGUCAUUCAUGUUCUUGGAUGGAAACAAAUUUGAUGAAUUUCUGUUUUGUUUU